CCCUCCCUUCUACAGCUGACUUAUUCUCAUUUAAAUGUCUGUGGGGUAAAACACCUCUCCCUGUUCAUAACUCACAGGUGAAGUUUACACUCCCCUUCAUAGCACACUGACAUGUACAGCAAAGCAGAGAGACCUCAGCCGGACACUGUUCAAGGAGGAAGUUCUUCACAGCCAUGGAGUUCUGAUAGACUCUCUUGAACAAAAGAAGUUUGGCUUUGAUAACGCAAAAUGCAUUGGCAUUGUAUUCUGCAUUGCUUGAUCAUGCAUUCAUUGUAAUGCUUAUUAAAAUAAUAAAAAAAGGACAUCAGAGGACAGCAGCAUCUUCAGGAGUGAGUAAGAUGCCAGUUUAAUCGAGUGACACCUCAGCUGUUACCUGGACAUCUUCUCAUCCUCACAGUGAUUUGUUGUGUUGGGAUGUAAGGAUGGUCUCUGGGCUUUGAGAAUCACUUUGUUUCUGGCUGUGUGUGAAUGGAGCAGAGAGAGUGGAGACCCUGAUGUCGGAGCUGCUGCUGCUGGCCUGUGUGCUCCUCUCCUGGAUCAUCACCUGCCAAUCUGGACCAUGGAGACCUUGCACAGAUCUGUUACCACUGGACCUCCUGUCCCGGGUGCUUCCUGUGUCCGGCAGGGCUCAGGAUGGGAUACGCAUGGUCCAGUCCAGAGGUGCUCGUGGAUUUCAGUUUUCUGGAUCUCCACAGCUGUUCAGCUUCCCUGCCUCUCAGCUCUUCAUUAACUGUUUCUUCUUCCCCGCUGAGUUCUCCAUCGUUGUCACACUGAAAAUCCCACAGAUGGCUCCUGAGAAGAGUGAAUACAUCUUCACACUGUUGGAGGGCAAUUCAGAUGAGCUGCUCCUCGGCCUGCGUCUGUCCCAAAACAAGUUCCACUUGCUACAGAAGGGUCACGGUAGCAGGAAACGCAUCACUUUUAAGGCAGUAGGGCUGGAUGAUAACCGCUGGCACACUGUGGUCUUGGCAGUGACGGGACGCUACACAAUUCUCACUGUGGACUGUGGCACACCUCUAGAACUAGAGCUUGAAAGACCUUUCCCUGAUGAUCUAGAUACAACUGGUUCCACAUUCUUCAUUGCUAGCAGAAAACGAUGGAACGGCCUAUUUUCUGGUCUGAUACGGCAGCUAGUUUUUUUACCUGGUUCAGAUGCUACCUCACAAAUUUGUCCCUCGUCUGAGCCCCGGCUGUCCGUGCUCUCAGUUCCUCAGGCCCUCUUACACCUGCCAAUCAAACCAUCAUCCACUGACCUUCCCCUCCACCCUUAUGAGGCGGAGGUUCGGGUGACUGCUGGUGUGAUUCCUCCCUGUGGACACUCAGAGGAGGGACAGCUGUGGUUUAACACACUGAAGAGAGGACUGUUUCUCUGUGAUGGGAUUACAUGGCUCAAUAUGCUGCAGGUGAAAGAGAAGCUGGACUACGUGGAGGAUCACCAGGAUUUAUUUACCAACUCUGAGACAUUUGACAUUGAGGUUUUCCACAUCACUUCUGUUGGACUUUUCAUGGCGACCGCCAACCGUGAUUCCAACCUUGGAUCAGGAAUUUACAAAUGGACAGAUGGGAGGUUUGAACGAUAUCAAAACAUCAGCACCUAUGAUGCACAAGCAUGGCAGUACUUCACCGUGGGCAUAAAGAAGUUCCUGGUUGUUGCUAACUGCAGAAGUAAGGAUGCAGGAGACCAGGAGCAGUCUGUGAUCUAUAAGUGGAGCUCGAGGAAGCUGAAAUUUAUUCGCUAUCAGACACUGAACACACACAGCGCUCGUGACUGGGAGGCUUUCAGCAUUCAAGAUGAAACUUUCCUCGCGGUGGCCAAUCAUAGGCAAGGAGAGAGAAACCAUAACAUUGACAGUGUAAUCUACAAGUGGAACCCAGUUACUCAGUUUUUUGAGGUCAAUCAGACAAUCCCCACCACUGGUGCUUACGACUGGGAGUUUUUCACCAUCGGCCCAUAUUCCUUUCUCGCAGUCGCUAACACUUUCAAUGGGAGAUCUACAGUCAUUGAUUCUACCAUCUAUAUCUGGCUGGGAGGGAUGUUUCAGCCUUAUCAGUUCAUUACAACCUUUGGGGCGAUAGACUGGGAGAUGUUCCAGAUUGAAAACAGGGUCUUCUUGGCUGUGGCCAACAGUCAGAUGCUCACGGAGGAGGGCAAGAUUCUGUACUCCAUCAACUCCACCAUCUAUGAGCUCAGCAUGGCAUCUCAGACCUUCGUCAAGUUUCAGGAGAUUGAAACGAACAGUGCUUUGGACUGGGAGUAUUUUACAGUGGGAGAUGACAAGUUCCUGGUGGUCGCCAACUCCUACGAUGGAAACUCAUACUCUCUUAAUAGUGUUAUAUACAGGUGGCAGGGUUAUGAGGGGUUUAUCCCGGUGCACAGACUGCCCACCAAUGGCUGCAGAGAUUGGGAAUAUUUUAACACAACCGAUGGCUCCUACCUCAUCUACUCCAGUGCCAGAGCUGCUCUCUCUAAAGUCCUUAAAUUAAGGACCAUCUAGUGGCACUGGACAUAUGGACAGUAUCUGCUGGGAGACUAGCUGCCAGAAUCAGCGACUCAAAGCAUGGACAUAAGUGAACCCCCAUAGCAGAUGUUCUUCAAUUAAAAUUUUAUCCAAAACUUAAUCACAUGAUGACACUUCAACACAUGCACUUAAUGACAUACCUUGAAACCAGCUGAAGGAUGAAUCUCUUCACUAACAUUCAAAACAGUCCACUGACCGCCUGAACUACACAAAACACAUAAAAACACACAUUUCAGAAGACUUAAAGCUGCACUUAUUUGCACACAGAUCAUCAAUAUGCUAUGUUGAUUAUAAUGUCAUUAUGUCCUGUGGUUAUGCAUCAUUACUCUGCACAUGAAGACAGUUAACAAUUUAUGGAUGACUGGAAAAAUAGUUUUAUCAGCCAGCAAAGACACUGUAUUUAACUGUACUGUACUGUCUGUAAGCUAAUGAUUUAUUAUUAUUU